AUGUUUACACUUCCAUUAGAGCCGCCGCUGCAGAAACCGCCGCCACCCGUCGCCUCCGACGACCCUGCAUCGACAAACAACAACAAACCCGCCCACAAUUUCGUGACCUGCAUCCACAAAGUCAAACUCGGCGAGACCAUCUGCCACGUCACCGUAACAUGGGCCAAGACCCUAAUCAGCCACACCCUCUACAUAACCGUCGAAAACCCACUCGACGAAAAUCACUACACAUGCAAAAUCGACCUCAAAACCUGGCAAUUCUGGGGCAAGAAGGGCCUCAAGACUUUUCGGGUCGCCGAAAAACGGGUCGACGUGUUUUGGGAUUUAAGAUCCGCCAAAUUCGCCACCAGCCCGGAACCCAACUCCGACUACUACGUCGCCAUGGUUUCCGAUCAAGAAGUCGUCCUACUCCUCGGCGACCAAAAAAACGAAGCUUUACGACGGACGAAAUCGAGGCCUUCUUUACAAGAUUCUUCUUUAGUCCACAAAAAGGAAAUUGUUUUUGCGAGGAAGUGUUUCUGCACGAAGACGACGUUGGGGAAGAGCAAAAAGGAGCAUAGUAUAAUCAUCGAAUCGGCGCUUUGUGGGCCGUACGAUCCAGAGAUGUGGAUUAGCGUCGACGGGAUGGAGUCGAUUAGGGUUCCGAACUUGCAUUGGAGAUUUAGGGGGAACGAGACGAUUGUGGUGGACGAUUUUCCGGUGCAGAUAUUGUGGGACGUGCAUGAUUGGUUGUAUAACGGGACACACUCCGGCGUGGGCAUUUUCGUCUUUAGGCGGGGUGUGAACGAGGGUGAGUUCGAAAGUGCGCAUCUCGAGGAGGAUGAAGAUUUUGGCGGGAGUUUUUGUGGCGGCGGUGGUGGUGGUGGUGGUGGGGUGGUGGGAGGAGAGGAGGAGGGUGGUUCUUCCUCAAUGGGAUUUUGCCAUUUUCUUUAUGCUUGGAUGACUGAAUGA